UACCACUUAAUUACUUAUAAUAUACUGGUUUACACAAUUGUUAAUUGAAAUGAUAAAGAAAAGUGAACAUUUAUAAAAUUUAAUUUUAGAGUAAAUAAAGUAUUAAUUAUAUACUAAAAAAUAUACAAAAAAUACUGUAAUUAUCCAGAUAUAAAAGCUUUCAAAAUACAUUUAACUUAAUUAUAUUCCCACCAAAUUGUUAUUAUUAGCAAUCAUCAAGAUAGUAUAUACACAUAUAUUGAAAGAAAAACGAAUCAAGUCAUCCAAUAUUACAAAAUGAACACCUACUCAGUACUACUUGUAAGUUGUAUUUUAACAAUAGUUGGUACUUCAGAACUCUCUAUGAGACAACUGGUGGAAACCAAUGGUUACCCAUUUGAAGAACACAUAAUAACCACAGAAGACGGAUUCAUCUUGAAAACGCAAAGAAUUCCACACGGAAGAAAUUCGAAUAAAAAUAACGACAACCCAGUAUUAUUGUCUCACGGAAUGGGAGGAUGUGCCGAAAAUUUUCUGAUGUUAGGACCAGAAAAAGCUCUGGCUUAUCAAUUAGCUGAAAACGGUUUCGACGUUUGGUUAAUGAACGCACGCGGCAACUUCUUCUCCAGAAAGCACCAGCAUUUAGAUCCCGACAGCGAUAUAAAAUUCUGGAAGCACAGUUGGCACGAAAUUGGAAUGUACGAUCUACCAGCGAAUAUAGAUUACAUUUUGAACGUGACGAAUCACGAGAAGCUAUUUUAUAUUGGACAUUCACAAGGUGGAACGAUUUACUAUGUAUUGACUUCUGAGAAGCCCGAAUACAAUGAUAAAAUACGAAUGUCGGCCCAACUGGGACCAGCGGUUUUUUUGCACCUGAACAAUAAUAAUAUUGGAACAAUUUUAUGUGAAUACACCGACAUUAUUGAGAGCGUUUCGAAAGAGUUUCACAUGAUAGAAAUGGUACCUCCAACUUUGCAGUUGCAAUUGAAGACUCUGUGUUCUCCUUCAGAAGUUAAACUUAUGUGUUUUGAAGGUUAUCAAAUGUUGGGUGGUGGAUUGGGUGACCUAACUAAAAUUAAAGCGGAUACUAUUUCAUUUUUAUUUAGAUCUUCACCUUCCGGAAUAUCUAUGUACCAGUUUUUGCAUUACCUACAAAAUGUGAAAUCAAAAUGUUUUCGACAAUACGAUCACGGAAUUUCUAAAAAUUUGCAAAUCUAUAAUUCAUCAUAUCCACCAAAAUACAAUUUGGGUUUGUCAACUGCACCGGUUCUGAAUAUUUAUUCCGUGAAAGAUUGGUUUUCAUCAGAAAGAUCUAUGAAAUAUUUAUCAAAAGAAUUACCAAAUGCUUUCGAAUAUAAAAUUGCAAGGAAGACGUUCAACCAUUUGGAUUUUAUUAUGGCUGAUGAUGUUAAGGAACUAAUCUACGAUCAUAUUAUAAAUACGUUCACAAAAUCCUUAACAUAAUAAAAAUUAAUGUUCUAAAAUUGAUUCUUCAAUUUUCAAAAAUUUCAUUUUACCUUAGUAGUCACACAUCAAAAUGUUAUGUAAUAUCGAAAAAAAAAUAAUAUCAACAACCAGCUUUUAAAUUAACUAUAUGCGUUUAACCAAAAUUAUUUAUUUUAUGUUUAAUAUUUCAUUUUUAAACACAUAUCAAUUAAAUUAAUUUCAUGAAAGAGGGCGAUACGUAUAUUAUUCAAAUAUCGGCAACCACUGUUGCAUUUAAUUAUAUAGUUGGUUACCAAUACCAAGUCAACAACGCUCUGGGAAAAAUACACAUAUGUACUGUUAUUUUAUUGAUUUUAUAAAAACACACACUUUUUUAUUAAAUGCCUAAUAAAUUCUUUGACACAAUUUGUAAAUGACUAAAGAGAUACUAAUAACAAUAAAAAUUAAUGUAAUAGUAUUAAUAAAAAUACUGAAAUUAUUCUUGAAUUGAAUUGAUCCAAGAAAAUGGGAAGAGACAAAUUAAAA